UCUGAGACUGACUCAGUGGAUUAUGUGCUCAUAUGACUCGUUGUUUCGAGCCUCGCCCUAACUGCAUGAUUUGCCAUCUCAGGUUUUCGGUCCUCAAAAUGGACGUGCCAGAUCCUUCGGAGCGCAAGAAAGCUCCGGUCAAGGCACAACCGGUAGUCACGACAAAGAAGCAACAACAACAGCCGAACAAGAACAAGGCGAAGAACAACAACAAUAAUUCUAACAAUAAAAAGAAGAAGGCACAACAAAGUGGUGACAGUUCCAAGUUUGACGAGUGGAAAAAAAGAGAUGAAGAUCUCAUGGAGUCCACCUACGAGAAGGAGCUUCAAGAAGCCUUGCUCAUGAGUCGUCUGGAGCAGGAAAAGCAGACGAAACAAGUUGAGCAGCGUUCGGAAGCCGCCGUAUCGGAAUCCGCCGAGUCAAAGAAGAAGGGAAAAGUCGUGCUAUCGUUGCAAGAGUUCCAUGAGAAGUUUGUGAGUGAGAAAGCGCCGCCGCCGGCCCCGUCUAGAGCCGAGCCCCUAUCGAAGCUAUUGGCGCUACGGAAAGAACAGGCGGAAGAGGAGAAGCGUCUCCGGCUCCAUUCAGAGCGAGAAGCUAGCGCCAUCGUUGCGCGGGAGAAAGUCCAACAGGAAAUCAUCGACAAAGCGUCACAACCGAAGGUGGUGCCCCAAGAGGAAUACGAUCAAAUGCUCGAAAUGAAGCGAAAGCAGAUCGAGCACAUGGCUAAAGUCCUCAACACCACCAACAAGGAGCUCGCGAUCCUCCAAGAGCAGAAUGCCGAUCUCGAGAAAUUACUCGCGAAAGGAGAGCUGAAGAAAAAAGUUGAGCUCAUCCGAGAGGUGGAAGAGCUCCGUAUUGUCAAGGAUGAGCUCACCGAGCAGAUCCAGAGUCUCUUCGUCGCGCUCGAACAGGAGAAAUCAAAAACCAACCUGCUCACUCAGGAGUUGCAGAAGCGGCGUUGAAGGGUCGAAGUUCACCCCGAAAGCACAAGCAUCCAUCAACGGGGGUGGAAUAUUGGAGCAAUGAGCAUCAUCCGACGCAAUCAAUUCUCGACGAAUGAUCACUAUAAUUAAAUCUUGCGGAUCUAGCUUCGGGGACAGGGACAGAGUUUCCAAGAAGCUUAGCUGGAGUUCGAGGAACCACCGAGAUGAAUCUUUAUAUGAAUUAAAUAUUUAUCGUUGAAUGUUCGAGACCCAUGCAUAGAGGUUGGUCAUUUUCGAGGACUUCCACCUGUCGGAAUCCCGAGGAAUCGCGGGGGACGGGUCAGGUACACCUUUGCUAAUAAAUAUAUCAAUGAUCCUCGAUAGUAGAAUCUGAUAAAUGACGGAUGAUCUUCGCAGGCGGAGACCAAUACGCACUAGUUCCGCUGUUUCUCGGUGUAACGCUUGAGAAUCUUCGUGAUUGAGUGCCUGUCAAAGCUCAUUCAAGUUCAAUCAAACACGUUUUACUUUACUUUUAAUGAGAAUGGAAUUGAGCACUCAGGAGACGCUGAGAGAGAGAAUUAUAAAUAACUUGAGGAUAGUAUUCCCCAGCUCGAAA